AUGGGUUGGCUGAAUGUGCUUUGAAAGCUUUACAGGGAAAGGGGGUUUGUAAUCUUUUUGGGCUCAUUUGGUUCGUCCCCCCAUCCGAUUCACCUCACUCCGAUUGGUUGAUUGGAGGCGGGGCCGCCAUGCCAUAGCACGCGAGAUUACUACUACAUUGCCAGCCUCUCGCUCGCUCGCUCGACAGCAGCAGAAGCCGAAGCCGACGGAAGAAAGCAGGAAACAUACUGGAGCAGCAGCCACAAAAAAGGUCGCAGCUUUCCAUGGUCACGGAGCUCUAAGAGGGUGGGCGAGGCAAGCUCCUAUGGGGAUCUCUUCGGAAGAAGCCGCGGAUCGAAGGAUGGAGGGGUGGCUGUACCUCGUCCGGCACAAUCGCCUUGGGUUGCAGUACUCGAGGAAGAGGUACUUCGUUCUUCGAGGCAACGCCCUCGAUUGCUUCAAGACCGCGCCCACGUCGAACGGGGAGGAACCUAGUAGGAGUGCAGUGGUUGACUCCUCCAUACGCAUCACUGAUAAUGGGAGAGAUAUUUUGCAUAGAAAUGUCUUGUAUAUAUUUACGCUUUAUAAUGCCUCUAAUCACAAAGAUCAACUUAAGUUGGGUGCUAGAAGCUCAGAAGAAGCAGCUAGGUGGAUCAGAUCUCUAAUGGAAGCAGCAUUAAAGGAAGGCCCAAACAAAGAAGAAAAUGUUGUAUCUCGUUCAAAAAGAAGAUUUAGGAUGAUUCGUAGGAGUGGGAGAAGCCAGAAACGCUCUGUAGAUUGGACUGUAUUCACAUCUGUGCUUGCUGAUCCAAUGGCGUCUGAUGUGAUUGCACCUUCCCCAUGGACGAUAGUUGGCUGCAGAAACGGCUUGCGGCUGUUUAAAGAGGCAAGAGAUGCUGAUUCUCGGGGAAUGUAUCGGGAUGACCAUCCAGCUUUAAUGGCAGUAGGUGUCAUUGAUGCAUCCUCAGAAGCCAUUUUCAAGAGAGUUAUGUCUCUUGGUUCAUCAAGAUCAGAAUGGGAUUUCUGUUUAUUAGAAGGCAAUGUGGUCGAGCACGUGGAUGGUCACACUGAUAUCAUUCACAAAAAACUGUGUGGUGAUUGGUUGCCAUGGCGAAUGAAAAGAAGGGAUUUAUUACUACGACGGUACUGGAGGAGGGAAGACGAUGGAACAUAUGUAAUUCUGUACCACUCUGUUUUCCACCAAAAAUGUCCAUCUAAGAGAGGUUAUGUUCGUGCCUGCCUUAAAAGUGGUGGAUAUGUGAUAUCUCCAGUGAGCCAAGGAAAACAAUCAGUCGUAAAACACAUGCUUGCAGUUGAUUGGAAAUUUUGGAAAUCUUAUUUUUUCACCUCUUCUGCAAAGUAUAUUACAAUCCGGAUGCUAGGGAGAGUUGCAGCUCUUCGAGAAUUCUUCCGGGCAAAACUUGGUAGCAGGGCAUGCUCUGAUUUAUCUUCAAGUGAAUCAACAAGGGAGAUAGAGUUGCAACAGAGUGAAAAGGAACAAAUGAAACUAGAAGUACACUCAGCAGAUGAAAAUGAUAAUAUUGAGGACUCUGCAGAUGAGACACAGAGAUCACCUACCAAAAUUGCAAAGGCAAGUGGAUCAUUCCUUCAAAUGAAUGAUGCAGCUGAUGAGUUCUUUGAUGUUAUCAAUGAACCAGAGUAUGAUGAAACAGAGGCUUUGUGGCCUUCUGAGGAAGGCAUGAUGCAACCCCAGUUAGUGCAGGACCAGCAUCAUUCCAAGCUAUCAACGGCUGCAGUUUUCGUGAAAAAGUUGCAUGAUAUUGCAGUUCAAAAAAAAGGUUAUAUUGACUUACAGGAAGCCUCAUUAGGGGAAAGUGUGCCAUGUAGCUAUGGAUUAACACUUCCAAAAGACCUAAACUGUAGUUUGCCUUCCAGUUGGGCAAUGGCAGAUCCUUCAACAUUUUUAAUUCGUGGCAAAUCUUACCUACAUGAUCAUCAAAAGAUAAAAGCCAAUGGUACCUUGAUGCAAAUGGUAGCUGCUGAUUGGUUAAAUUCUGAUAAACGUGAAGAUGACCUCGGUGGUCGACCAGGGGGAAUUGUCCAGAAGUAUUCAGCGCAAGGUGGCAGUGAGUUUUUCUUCAUCAUACACAUACAGGUUCCAGGUUCGACCACAUACAGCCUAGCUUUUUAUUACAUGAUGGAUUGUCCAUUGGAAAGUGUUCCCCUCCUAGAAAGAUUUGUCAAAGGUGACGAUGCAUAUAGGAAUUCAAGGUUUAAACUCAUUCCAUACAUAUCAAAGGGUUCUUGGAUAGUGAAGCAAAGUGUGGGAAAGAAAGCAUGUCUGGUGGGUCAAGCACUUCGCAUCAAUUAUUUUUGUGGGUGCAACUAUAUUGAGCUUGGAAUUGACAUCGGCUCAUCAACAGUUGCUAGGGGCGUCGUGAGUCUUGUUCUUGGUUACUUGAGCAAUCUGGUUAUAGAAAUGGCAUUUCUGAUUCAGGGCAAUACGGAAGAAGAGCUUCCCGAGUUCCUUCUUGGGACAUGCAGGCUGAACCAUCUUGAUGUCUCUAAAUCGGUUCCAUUAACCGAUGAUAAUCAUAAGAUUAGAUUAUGAUUUACUUGCACAUAUAUGAUUCUUUCAUUUGAUAACAAGCUGGACAUGGAAGUAAGUACACUUGUUCCUGGAGAUGCAGUAACAAUUGGAAAUGAUACUGAUGUCUACUUAUAAUUCGUAGUAAUAUGUCGAUGCAUCAAUUAGAUAUCGGCUACAUUAUGAUAGAUUUUGGUCUUUAGAUGCUAUUUAAUUGCUUGUUUAUAUUCCAUUGCUGUUGAUUACAUGUUUAUAAGUAAUCUUUUGCGAUCAUUCAUGAAGGUUUAAUUUUCAUC